AUGCGAUCAGCACUCCGUAUCGCGCCCCUGUGCGCGGGCCUCGGCCAACGAGUCGUCUUCGUCCCCCUCUCCCUCCCUCGUGUUUCCUCCUUCCCCGCCCAGCAGGUCCGCGUCCUGUCCAUCUCGGCCCGCUCGUUCGCGCGCCCUGAUCACCACCCCGGCCGGGGGGAGAGCAGGGAGAGCACAGCCGAGAUGCUCGACCGACUCACAGCUGAGGCUCGGCGGCGCGGUGCCGCCGAGAGCGCCACGCGCGAUUACGCAGGGCCCUUCCCGCUCGGCGCGGGCACUGCAGCACGCAACAAGACUUGGACGGCUUGGCGCGAUCUUGGGAUUGCAGGCAAGGCCGGACGUAUGUUUCGCCAGUCGGGAAACCUCUUCAUCGUGGUAGCGGGUGCGGGGCUGUUUGUUGUGCUAGCCAUCGCACUCAGCACCGAGCUCUUCGCUAAGAACUCGCCAAGCGUGCUGUACGCGGAGUGCAUCGACAUGAUCCGCGACUCUAACGCCCUCGACCGUCACCUCCUCCCACCCGUAGCCUUUACGCAUUCUCCAGCCUCCUCGGCGCCAACCCGUGGGACCGCGCCGAUUAAGCAUCGCGUCGUGCGUCACCCUGUUUCCGGUCGCGAGCAUCUGAUCAUCAACUUCUGGGCGCACGGGCGCGGGCGGGACGAGCCCGAACCGCUCUCGUGGGCUAAGCGCUGGGUAGGCUCGGCGACAGACAGCCUGCGCACGGCCGGCACGUUUGUCGGACUCGUGUCGGACCCGGACGGAGAGGAGCGGCCACUGACGAAGGAGGAGGUCGAGACAGCGGCAGCCGAGGCCAAGGCCGAACGCGAGAAGGCGGCGGCGGAGGCACAGCAGGGCCCAGGCUUCCUCGGCCGCUUGACGCAGAGCUUCAACUUCCGCCCGGGUGUCAAGAGUGUGCGCUCAGCUUCACCCGCUCCUCCGCCUCCUGGCACCUACAAGAUGGGCGAGGUGCGUGCCGACUACGUCAAGAACGCCGCGGGGCAUUACACAAUGCUCGCUCUCGUCGUCGACGUGCCCUCCAGCCGCGCCCCGUACCCUGGUCGGGCCAUUGUGUACUGGGCGCCUGAGGCUGACAAGGAGGGCCUCAUUGAGCGUCGCUAG